UCAUGCUGCAGCCAGGCCCGUAAUCUGUCAUGGGUCCCUGUACGGCCUCCAUUGCUGCUGUCUCCAUCGCCACACUCUGCCAUGUGCCACUUUCAGGUCUCCUCACACUGCUGGUGGGUUCCAUUUUGUCAUAGGGUGCUGGCAGAUUACGGGCCUCCCAUUGCUGCUGCCAGGCCCGUAAUCUGCCAUGGGCCCCUGUACCGCCUCCUCAUGCUGCUGCCAGGCCCGUAAUCUGUCAUGGGUCCCUGUACGGCCUCCCAUUGCUGCUGUCUCCAUCGCCACACUCUGCCAUGUGCCACUUUCAGGUCUCCUCACACUGCUGGUGGGUUCCAUUUUGUCA